UCAACAACCCACAAUGAACUCCCUGGUUGUCGUCGCUGUUUGCGCUUUUGCACUGUGCCUUCACAGCGCCCAGGCUUUAACCUACGGAGGUGGAACAUGUUCUUUCGCCACCAGUGGCGUCGCUGCCUGUACGUCCACUGCCGCCGGAUUCUGCUCCGUGGACACCGUCGCUGUCGCCAACUCUCCUGUCACCGCCAUUACUGUCACUGGAAAAUGUAUCUGCUACCCCAACUACAGUGGCACUGUGUGCGGAACUCAAACCGUAACUUCCACCUCUACCACCACCGCCAGUUCUAACAACGCCCUGGGAGUUCUCGCCCUUGGAGCCCUGGCUGCCGCCGCCCUCUCCGGAUUCGGAUCUGGAGCCUCCGGCGGACUCGGCGGAAGUGGCGACCUCAGCGGAAGUGAUCUGUUAUAUCUCCAACAGAUCCAGGGUUUCCAGGGUUAAGCCAGUUUUGAGUCUUUAGCUGGCUCUUUUGUCCUGUCUCUCUUCAAGCUUGAAUAACUUAUAUUAAGAAAUAUAUAUACCGUGGCAUAUUUUGGUUUUCAGCAGGCAUUUCUUGAAGAUUUGACAAUGCAUAAACCAAAUUCACAUAGUUUUUCAAUUACCGGUAUAUUAUUUUGUCGUCUUCAAUAAAAUUUCAGUGCAAUAGAAAUGUAGAGAAAUAUUGAAAGGAAAUCAGUAUACAGUGACUACUAGUAUUUUGUAAUUGUUUUAUUAAUCAGUCACAUGCAUAUUUUAAAUAAUUAUUUAGUAAAUUAUUAUAUGGCAAGGCGUUUCACUUUCUCUAAUUUUAGCUAAGUUAGCUAAAAUCCCAAGUUUUGACUUUUGUUGUCGUCGAGUAAAUCGAAAGUUCAAAUUAUCAUUUCUGAAAUGUUAACUUAUUUACUACUUAUUCUCAGAAAAUAUUCUGGUUCGUUCUGUAUGAAGUAAAACGGGAAACAAAAAUCAAAAUCCCUUGUAAAAUUUACCUGCAGUGAACUACAUUAAUCUCAAAAGAUGGCACACUUUUAAUUUUGGCAAUAAGAGAAACGCGACUGACUUAGAUCUAUAUUGUAUAUACAUGAUAUAGUUCAUGCAAACUACGUUAUCCUACAAAACCUUUAGGACUGUUUGUAAUGCACCAUGAAUAAAAAACAUAGAUUUCAAUUUAAUUUAACACUUGUCUGCCAUUUUUCAUAAGGAUUAAAGUAAAAGUUCCAUGUCAAGACAAAGUCCAAAAGUUCCAUGUCAAGACAAAGUCCACGCUUUGAUUCCACUCAUCUUUCACAACGUCUCAUUAGACAUUUGCAAUGUGGUGAAUUUAAGAGUAACAGUCAUUACUACUUGUUACAAACUCAGUAGUAUACAAAAGUAUACAUGAGUAUGUCGUGAGUAUUCCAAAAUUUGGACACCCGAAGUUGCCAUUCAAGUUAAUGCUUAUACUUUUUUUGUUCCAAGUCAGAAUGGGUUUGUUGUAUU